AUUAUCAUCAUAUUAUUCGGUUCUUACGAUUCAAAUAUUUGGCGUACUCGGUCUAUGCGACUAUAGAUCAGUGCACGGAUAAAACAUUUUUGGUUUGAUUAGUUUGUCCUUAGGUGUCGAAGGAGUCAUUGUUAUGGGUGUGUUAGUGUUAUUAAACACUUUGAAUUAAUGAUAUAUGUCAGAGUAAAUAAAAAAGAAUUCUUUUCGAAGACGAUCGGUGUUAUCAUUAAGUAUAUUUUAUGAUAUAUUAAAGUAAUUUAUUUUACUUUUAAUAUUACUAAUACAGAAUAGAUUAAAUCUGUUUACAGUAACUGGGACAGAAACAGAAACAUAUGAAUACUGUUCUGAAAGUAUUAUUUCUCUAGAACAGUUUGAAAAUGUUAAUCGUGGAACCAUGACUCCUCAGACCACGAAUAACACAUUAAAAAACCAACCAAUCGUACUUGAACCGGAUAAUCCUCUGAUGUUAAAAAUUCAAAAUAUAUUAAAAAUACAGUUGUUGAAACAAAAGGAAAACAUUAAAAAAGAAAUAUUAACUCUUAGAGGGGUAGUUAAAACUAAAGAGAAAGAUAAGUCUUCGGCUUUUGAUCUGAUUAAAAAUGCAAACUGUCGAGUCACAGCACAACAAAAACUAUUGAAUGACUUCCAUCGAAUGAAAGUGGAAUUGGGAACAGUAAAACAAAAGUUGAAAAUGAGUAAUGAACAACAAAUGCAAAACUACAAAGACAAUUUCGCAAAAACUGCAGACGAAGAAAAAAAAUUUUUGGUUUUAAAAAGACAAAUAGAAUGUAGUCGUGGAUUUCUAAACGAACUUACUAAGUAUGAAAAAGAACAAGAAAUCACAUUCAAUAAGUGUAAUCAAACGAAAUAUCAAGCAAAACAAUAUAAGAAAAAAAUAUUAAAUAAUGAACAAAAACAGGUGAUGUUUACUUAAUCUACUUUUAAAAAAAACGCAUUUAUUAUUUUAUAAAUAAACUUUAUACACUAAAUUUAAUGGAAUGAAAUGGAUAAUUUUUAGUUAUUAUAAGAUAUUUAGUUUUAUUAUAUAUUAAUGUACUGUAUAUUUAUGGUACAACUUGGUACAAGUGCAAUUGCAAUUUGAACUUUUUCGUAUGAUUUAUGUUAUAAUUGUUAAAUAAAAUUAUAUAUUCUACUUCUACAGUACAAAUGUACCUAUAAUUAUA